GACAACCCGCUAUCAUCCGUGCACAUUCAAACGCCUUCAAAUCUCCCCAGCGCCCGACAACAGGUCAUUCUCGAUUCCCCUCGUUAACAUCCCCCAAAUUUCACGACUUCUCCUCCCCAAAUCAAGCUCCGGCUCGCUCGGCCCCAGAUCGCGGCCGGGCUAUCCAUGGCGGGGGCGGAGGCGGUGGAGAGGGCGCACGAGCUCUACAGGGGCGGCCGCCACCGGGAGGCGCUCGAGCUCUACUCGGCGGCGCUGGCGGCGGCGCGGGGCCCCGCGCAGCGCAUCGCCCUGCACAGCAACCGCGCCGCCUGCUACCUCAAGCUCCACGACUUCCACAAGGCCGCAGAAGAGUGCACAUCUGUCCUCGAGUUGGAUACCGAGCAUGCUGGAGCUCUCAUGCUACGUGCCCAGACUCUUGUCACUCUAAAAGAUUACCAGUCGGCUCUAUUUGAUGUAAACAGGUUAAUUGAGAUAAAUCCAUCCUCUGAAGUAUAUCGGAACCUUCAUGCGCGACUGAAGACACAGCUGUCGCUAGCCCCGAUUCCAGAGUCUGAAGAGGAGUCCCUGUAUACUGAAGAAGACAAAGAAGAUCUGCCACCAAAAGACAAUACAAAGAAUGAGACUGUCGUUGUUAAGUCUGAUCAACCUUCUGCAAAAGUGAUUCUUGAAAAUAAACCUGUAAUGAAAGCUCUGAAGGUUGAAGUGCCUCCCAAUCUGCCUUCAAAACCCGAGGGUGGGGGGACCAUACAAAAACCAAAGGGCCAUUCAGAGCUUGAUUACAAGGAACCUUUAACGGAAGCUCCAAAGGUUCAAGUGUCUCCCAGUCUGCCUUCGAAACCCGAGUGUCGGGGGACCAUCCAAAAACCGAAGGGCCAUUCAGGGCUUGAUUACUCGAAAUGGGACAAAGUUGAGGAUGAUUCGAGUGAAGAUGACGAGGAUGAUGACGAAGAUGACUUGCCACGGUAUAAGUUCAAAGUCAGAACCAUCGGUGUGCGUACCGUGAAGUGAAUGGGAUUCAUCAAUAAAUAAGUUUACUCCAUGGUCUGUGGAUAGCCGUUUGACAGCAUCCCUACUAACUUUGGUCCCAUCUGUUCGGUUACAUCUUGACAUACUUGGAUGAAGUGUUGCCGAUUGGUGUUUGUUUAACUCAAGCUCACCGGCGGGUGAAGACAUAAGUACCCGCUGCUCUCAUGCUCAGGUUUAUGGAUCUGGAACCUUAGCCGAGGAAACAAGUCUGGAGUAAAAUCAUGUUUUCAGCGCAGCCGUGGGAUGGAGCACAGCAUGCAAAUCCUGGAGGGAACCCCUUUAGAUUCAAGCUAACAAUCUUAGAUUCUUAGCCCAUUGUUCAUCUUCAUAGAUUUUAUAGCCUAGCAGUCUCUGUACAUGGAUUUUGCGCAUUCAUCAUGUAUAAAAAGCUUAUUUGUCUCUGCAAAUUUGAUGCUAAUAUUUCAUGAUCCAACCAAUACUGGUUCCUUUUUUGUUCAA